GUAGACAUCCUGGUUGUCUAAUAUUCAACUCCUACCUCUCCCUCUCCAUCUCUCUCUCUCACUCUCACUCUUCCAUCUAUCCAUCAACCAACAUCUAGCCUAACAACAUGGGCACUCGAAGCCUCAUCUGCAUCUGGUACAAAGGCCGCUUCAUGGUCGCCCAAUACUGCCAAUGGGACGGCUACCUUGAAGGCCAGGGCUUAGACAUCCUCAACUUCCUCCUUGUCCCAGGUAACAUCGACCGUCUCAAGCAAGGCCUGGAGUACAUUACCAUCGUCGACGACAAGACGAUCGAAGACCUAGUCAGCGGACACACUUACUCGACCCACGGAGAGAAUGGAAAAGUCUGUGAAUGCGGUGCAACUGACCCCUGGGUCGGACCAAGCCAGUGGAUCCCACGAACAUUGAGUCGAGACGCGGGCGCCAAGAUCUUUGAUAUCAUUGCUGCGGCGAAGGUUGAUGAUUUCGUUCCUAUUCAACUUGCCUUGGAGUUUGCACAAGAUGGCUUGUUUUGCGAGUACGCCUAUUGUGUUGAUCUUGAUGCAGGCGUAUUUGAGGUCUUUGGUGGACAUGUGAUGAACCCCAAAAAGGAAAGCAUUGGGCAGAUGGGGGAGUAUCGGUUUGCGGAGGCUUGCAAGGAUGCAAAAAUCAUGCCGAAACUGCUCAUGUCUUUUCUGUUGACGGAGUUGCCCAAGAAUUUGAAGGAGUUUCUGGGCCCGAUUGUGAAGAAUAAUGAGGAGUUUCAAUCUGACGAUGACGAUGACGAGGGGGAGGAUGAGGAGGAGGAGGAGGACGACCACGUCGACUUUGACGAAACAGACAAGAGCGAGGGAGAAGACAAUGCCAAGGCUGCUGACGAUAAGGCUGUGGAUGUCAAAAGUUACAAGACCGGUGGCGUCAAGGCUGUUUCUGCUCCUGAAGACAAGAAGCUUCCUGACAGCAGGGAAGACAAGGACAAGAAAGAAAUAUCUCACGACAUCCACGACAUCGAAAGAGAACGAGAACUGCAGAAGAAAAUCGAAGAAAUGACAAUGGACGAAGUCGCACGAGAAAUUGAACGCGAGACCGAACGCGAAACCGAAAGGAUGAUGAUGGAGGAAAUUGGCAAGGAGCUCGAGAAUGAAAAGAAGAGGACCGCCAGGCAGGGGAGUGCUGGAAGCGGUGACAAGAAGAAUCCGUUGAACAUGUCGGUCCAGACGGGGCGACUAGGAAGAUAUCGUUCAGGGUUGGUAGAUUAUACGAAUAAACCAGCAAGUAAUUAA